AUGCCUACUGUUGCAAAAAAGAGGACCAGAGCUGAAAAACCUGUUUCUGAGGCUACGCUCACUUUAACCGAGCCCACUAGGAAAAAACCUCGCAUAAGCACCGAGUCUUCCUCUUCAGACGCACAGCCCACAACAGCCCGCAAAUCCGCGUCUUCGAAGCCGAAAAAUAUCCCUGCUACUUCCAAGACUACCAAGGUAGCUCCAAGUAAAAAAUCGACGCAAGAGUCGAUUGAGAAUGCCAUCGGAUAUGCUGAACACAAGGAGUCGCUUAAAUCUGGUUUAAAAGACCUGAAAGAGCACGUUAGACGAGACCGUACGGAUGGGUACGAGGAGCAAGCCGAAAUGAUGACCGAUAUCAGCGCAGAAAUCUUGAAGUGGCUUCCAAAACUCUGGCAACUGAUGACGAAGGUGAAAGGCCCUGACUUUAAGCGCAUACAGCAGGCACUUGUUUUGUGUACCGAUACCGUCAAAGGCAUGGAAAAAUGUAACAGCAGAUGUGAAUAUACUGACCUGCCCUUCAACAUCAAAAUCACCGAUGACGACAAGAAUGUCAUAUAUAAGAGUUCUGAGUGUGUCUUAGACAUGCUUGCUUGGAUGUGGAAAGAGCUGCUGGUCCACGCAGCAAGCAAGAACCAAUCUAUCGACGCUAUGUUGACCUUGGUCGAGCGUCGUGAUCUUGCCCACUCUGUAUUCUCACUUAUUCGUAAACCCGGUUCUAAGCAAAAAGGCAAUGAAGAAGAGUUUUGGGACGCCCACUGGUCCGAUGCUAUGAAAGAGUCUGCCUCUCAAAUGUGUGCAAAGCGACAACAAAAAUAA